AUUUUGAACUGCUUAUAUAAUCACUAUUUUAAAUACAUAUUAUCUGCAAUAUAGAGUAUUGUAUGUACAUAAAAUGAACAGAAUUCAGCAUAAGGAAAUUUCUUAGGAAGAAUUGUAUAGGUUAAGAAGUUUCAAAAUGAUGAGUCCAGUGGCAAUGUUUGCGAGGUUGACAUUUUAUCCAACGCUUCUCUAUAAUGUAUUAAUGGAAAAAAUUUCGUCAAGAAAUUGGUACGAUAGAAUUGAUGACACUGUUAUAUUAGGUGCUCUACCAUUUCGAAGUAUGAUCAAACAGUUAAUAAAUGAAGAAAAUGUCCGAGGUGUUGUUUCAAUGAAUGAAGAUUAUGAAUUACAGUUGUUUUCCAAUACUAAAGAGGAAUGGAAAAAUAACAAUGUGGAAUUUUUACAACUACCUGUAACAGAUAUUUUUCAAUCACCUUCACAAGAAAAAUUACAACUUGGAGUAAAUUUUAUUAACAAAUUUCGUGAUGUUCCGACUGAAUUAAAUACUAAAACUGUUUAUGUUCAUUGUAAAGCAGGAAGAACACGUAGUGCAACAUUAGUUGGAUGCUACUUAAUGAAGAAAAAUCAGUGGACUCCAGAGGAAGCAGUAGCAUAUAUGCAACAAAAAAGACCUCACAUAUUAUUACGUACCGAACAGUGGAAUGCAUUAAGACUUUUUUAUAACAACCAUGUAAAACAAUAAUACAUCAUUUAGAUAAAUAUACAGUUAUUAUUAAACUAAUAUAUAUAUAAAUAAAAUUUUAUUUGUUACAAAA